GCGGUAACUAUGGUAACGGCGGCCAUGUUAGGUUUUCCUCGGCGGGCGGUUGACGGUUGGGAUUCGAAUUCGAAUUUUUUUUAAGCGGACAGCCGGAGCCGAAAUGACGGACCGUUACAAUAUCCACAGCCAAUUGGAACAUCUCCAGUCCAAGUACAUCGGCACCGGGCACGCCGACACCACCAAGUGGGAGUGGCUCGUCAACCAGCACCGCGACUCGUACGCCUCGUACAUGGGCCACUUCGACCUCCUCAACUACUUCGCCGUGGCCGAGAACGAGACCAAGGCCCGAGUCCGCUUCAACCUCAUGGAGAAGAUGCUGCAGCCGUGUGGGCCCCCGCCCGACAAGCCCGAGGAGGCCUGAGAGGGCCUCGGGGGGGAGGGGGGAGAUUCUCCUUGGGAGGUGAGGGAGGUGGCGGCAAAGGGUGAGGAUUAAAUAUGGAGAUGUAAGAUG